AAUANAGAAAAAAAAAAAAAAAAUUGAGUUGGUGCUUGUUGAAUAAAUGUAAAUAUUUUUUUUUCCCUAAAUAGAACUUGGUUUGCAAACAAGCUGGAAUUCACAAAUCUUAUUUAACAUUAAUACAAAAAUGGAAAUAAUAAAAUGAAUUAAACUGGAGCUUUUGUGAGACUCCCUGAUUUCAAAAGCCAAUUUCAAUCAGUGCUUGAAUCCAUGGCUGUUCACUACAUUUUUCAUGUUCAAUCUGUACGAAACAACUUCGUCUCCCUCACGAGUCCUUGACUUCAUUUUUACUUUACUGAUCCACACACACUCACACACAGACACACACCAAAAGAGCUCUUUCUCUGAGCUUUUUUUUAGCUUUUUUGGGGGAAAAAGGCGAUGAGGUCCGUUGUCUUCUUUCUCGUUCUGCUGGUCCCCUUAAACUACUUUGUGUUUAAUUUUCAAGCUCAAGCUGCGCCUGCUGGGCCGUUGAUAAAGCACUUGUCCUCCUUUGUGAAAUGGACUAGGUCCUCCUCCAAAACACCCCAUCAGUCAGAUGGGAAUGUGCUCCAAUUUGAAGAGGGAUAUCUAGUCGAGACUGUUGUUGAAGGGAGUGAACUUGGAGUCGAGCCAUAUUCAAUCCGCGUCUCGCAUGAUGGAGAACUUUUUGCUGUUGAUGCCAUUAAUAGCAAAAUUGUUCGAAUUACGCCCCCACUUUCGCAAUAUAGCAGGGCAAGAUUGGUAGCUGGGUCAUUUCAGGGCUACACUGGCCACGUGGAUGGAAAACCGAGUGAUGCUCGUUUUAAUCAUCCCAAGGGAGUCACCAUGGAUGAUAGGGGGAAUGUCUAUGUUGCUGAUACAUCAAAUCUUGCCAUUAGAAAGAUUGGGGAAGCAGGCGUGACAACUAUUGCUGGUGGAAAGUCAAGCGUUGCUGGGUAUAGGGAUGGGCCGAGCGAAGAUGCAAAAUUCUCGAACGAUUUUGAUGUGAUAUAUGUGAGGUCCACAUGUUCGUUGUUAGUUAUCGAUAGGGGCAAUGCGGCCCUACGUCAAAUUUCUCUAAGUAAAGAGGAUUGUGGUUAUGAGAACAGCUCUGUUUCGCCUACUGAUCUUCUUAUGGUUGCUGGGGCUAUCUUAAUAGGCUAUGCUUCGGGCAUUCUCCAACAAGGAUUUGGUUCCUCGCUCUUCUCCAAGAAAAAGAACCAUCCGUGGCCAAAGCCCGAGGACCAAUCCUCUCCCAAAGACGGGCCUGAAGCCGGAUGGCCCUCGUUUGGGCAGCUCGUCUGGGACCUCGGCAAGCUAGCUUUUGAAUCAUUAGGCAGCAUCUUUUUCCAUUUCCAUCCCCUAAGGAAUAUCCCCAAACGUGGCCUUACCCCACUCAAAGACUCGCUCGUCAUGCCCGAGGAUGAACCCGGGCCUUCUUCUUUCCCUUUAAAGCAGCAGGCCCCAAUCCCUAUCUCCGAAGCCCGGCAGGCCCAAGGCCCGUCAGUGCCGAGCCCGAACGAACGAUUUUCGGAGGUGAAGCCUGUUAAGAUCAGAUCAUCAAGUGCCAAAGACCCUGCUUUGUCGACCAAGCACAGAUCAUCCUCUAGACGACACGAAUUUGCUGAGUUUUAUGGUUCGAGUGAGGCUCCUCAGUAUGGUCAUGUGAGGUCGAAAAGCCAUAAAGAACGAGCUAAGCACCGUUCGAAGGAGAAGAGUGGGGAAACAAUGGAGACAAGGCCUGCAGCAGAAGUUGAGGGACCCGAGUAUGAAAAUACGAUAUACGAUCCUUAUAAUUUCAGGAGCAGAAUCUUGAAAUAUGCAAAUGUACGGGCAUGGAGGCUCGUGGUUUUCCGGGUUUUCGAAUGGGGUUCUUCCAAGUGUUUGAAGUUGACUGUAUGGAGAAGGUACGAUCCUUAUAAUUUCAGGAGCAGAAUCUUGAAAUAUGCAAAUGUACGGGCAUGGAGGCUCGUGGUUUUCUGGGUUUUCAAAUGGGAUUCGAAGUGUUUGAAGUUGGCUGUGUGUUUAGAGGGGAGGUUUUUAGUUACUUUUGACAGAAACAAGAAAAAGAUCAAGCUCACACUAGCGAAAGCAAACAUGGGAUGUUCUGUAUCCUCACAGGCGAAAGCCGGGGGCAAUGUUAAGAAGAUCAGAAAGCCGAAAGCUUGGAAACAUCCACAGCCAAUAACGAGAAGUCAACUUAUACAGCUGAGGGAGGAGUUUUGGGACACUGCUCCUCACUAUGGUGGCACAAAAGAAAUAUGGGAUGCACUACGAGAAGCAGCAGAAUCUGAUAUAACUCUUGCUCAGGCAAUUUUGGAUAGUGCAGGAAUUCUAGUUCAUACUGCUGAUUUGACCGUUUGUUUCGAUGAAAGAGGUGCAAGAUAUGAGCUGCCAAAGUAUGUCCUAAGCGAGCCCAAAAACUUAAUCGAAGAUCCUUAA